AUGCCUACGCCAUUUCAGCAGAGCGCGUCACGUCUGCGGCCAGUUCAUCUGCUGCGUGCCCUGCUGCGUGAGGCUUCGUACCUGCCCGAUGCGACAGCCCGCACCUACUUCCGCCGCUACAUCGUCAGCCGAUUCAAGGCGUAUCAGCCCAAGCAAAAUGCGACGGCUUCCUUCGACGUCCAGGCCGUGGAGAAGUACAGGCACAGGAGCUUCAAGAGGCGGCAGAUAGCCAUUAUCAAUGAGCGCACACGGCCGCUACUCAGGAAGGGGCAGAAGGGCCUGAACUUCUUGCGCCGGGCCAACCUGGGCGAGAUACCAUGUCUGCAGAAGGUCCUGUUCUUCGCCUACGGGCGCAUGGGAAGGAGGAAGUACAUCUUGCUAGAGAGAUUGCUGACGCCAGACCACAUCAUGGACGGCGGUGCACUCGCAACGCCCAUCGAGCCAGGGCAGGCACCGCUGCAGAAGCUCUAUUACAGCAACAAGCGCUAUCUGCAGUAUUUCGAUGCGCCCAAAGCCGCCUCCAAGACCGAGUAUACCAUCAACAUCUCUAGCCGCUACUCCCGAUUGCGCGCCGUCCUCAAGUCGCAGUGCCAGAAGGGCAUCUCCAUACACCGAGGGAUCAAGCGUCCAGCCAUGAAGACGCCUAUCAACAAUGUCUGGGAGCGGCCCAUGCCGAUCAAGCGCGCGGUCAACAAUGUCCGACGCUGGUAUGCCGAGACGAUGACGAGGAUACUUCCUCCACUACCGAUCGAAGAGUGGGAUAACAUACAUGCCAUGAUUGUUGGCGACCGAAAGAUCAAUCUGGUCCGACGGAGAGGCCGCGCUUCAGUAUUGAGUGCUAAGCCAUUCAUAGAAGACGACUUCUUCGCCCACACAGUAGAAGCAGGCAUUGCCUUAGACAAGCCCAGCAGGGCAGACAUGCCUGCAGGUGUGCAGCGACCGCAUACCAUCAAUCCUAGGUUCAUGAAACGCAUGUAUACAAAGCUUCUCAUGCUCUGCUGCAAGGUCGAGUAUGACGACGAGCAGAAACGAUGGAAAACAAUCUGGGGCGAACCUAUGAAGUACAUUAAACCCAGCCUCUACAACGUCCCUACAGAUGAAACGCUCUUUGCGGGUGUUGACGCUACAGGCAAGAUCCCGAAGACGCCCAAGAAGCAUCUGCUCGAGAAAUCACAGCAUGUCCAGCCACGGAAUGCCGAGGGCGAAUACAUGCGGUUUCCCUUCUUUGCCGAACGGCUUCCAGAGGAGCACCCAAUACGCAGGGAAUUAGAUGAAUGGAAGAGGAAACAUGUUCCUACCAUCCUAGCCCUUAUCAAGGAGCUUGCGCUCUACGAAAACGCCAGUGACAAGGUUGACUCAACUGAAGAAAUCCUCACGCGCACCCUCGCACACUACAAUCCCUCCACAUCGACCUUCUCCGAAGGCUUCGCCCGUGCACUCCUCCUCAGCGAUCCCGACGGCACAGUCGCAGGCAUGGCUCUAUACUUCUACAACUACAGCACAUGGACAGGCGUGCCCGGCAUCUACUUGGAAGACUUGUUCGUCAAGGAGAGCUACAGGAAGAAGGGCUAUGGCAAGAGACUCCUUAAGGAGCUCGCUGGAGAGGUGCUCAAGGUCGGAGGCAGGAGGCUCGAAUGGAGCUGCCUGGACUGGAAUGAGCCCAGUCUGAAGUUCUACGAGAGCGAGAUCAUAGGAGCGCAGAGGAAGACGGCAUGGGUAGGCUUGCGUGUGGAUGGAGACGCAUUGGAGAAGCUUGCGAAGUCAUAA